AUGCCCAAGUUUACUAUCAUUAUCGCUACAAAACGCCAUCACAUUCGGUUCUUCCCCGACUUCUACCUAUACGCACAUAGUGCUAUUCAAGACACCGCUCGCCCUGUCCACUAUCAUAUACUCAUCAACGAGGCCAAAGUAAAUCAUCAGAAGCUUCAGCAGAUAAUCUACCAGCACUCGUAUCAGUACGCUCGCAGCACCACCCCGGUUUCACUGCAUCCCGCUAUCUACUACGCCGACCUGGCUGCCGGCCAUGCUCGUGCUCACGAGUCGGUCGCCACGAGCGACGGUUUCCGGGCCGGACCCAAGGGCCAGGAGAUGGCUCAGGGCUUUAGUAUGCAUGAGGUCUCGAAAGGUGGACCUGAACGCGGCGCCGAGGCGGCUCCGCUGAUCCCCAUAGGUGGAAACGAUGCGCUCGAGGUGAACCGCAACUUCAUCCGGUCCACCAUGUGGUACAUUUGA